GCGGCGUAAUCGAGUGAAUAACAUAUUGCUGUGUUUGAUUUUAUUAGAAAGUUAUACUUGAUUUUUAAUUUCUCACGACUUCUGCCGUGACAGGUAAUUGCAUUUAUCUUUUAACUUUAUAAAACAAUCAUGGACACAUUGUCGAAGAUGAUGGCAGAUAUAUCCCUUACUAAUUUCGAUAAACAUCGCAUCCAUUGGGUCGAGGUUGUGCAUAUCACUGAUCCUCAUAACUUUUUUGUCCGGCCUACCACCUAUAAAAAAUACCUGGCGGAAUUGACGGCUCAUGAAACAACUCCAAUUGAUCAAUCAGAAGCGAUUUUGGGCGAGCUUGUUAUUUACAAAUCCAAGGAAUCAAAAACCUUGGUUCGUGGUAAAAUAAUGAAAGUAGAACCAGACAGCACAUUUGAAAUAAAAUCGCUGGACACUGGUUGUGUUGAUAAAUCUGUGCCAUUGAAUGACAUGUAUAAACCCAUGUUAAAUUCCGAUGCUGUGGAACCCUUAGCUAUACACUGCCAAUUAGCUGACUGUUUCCCAAAUGGUGGAGCCUGGGGCGAGGAAGCGAUUGAUGCUAUGAAGCAUUAUGUUGCUAACGAGAGAGCUCAAAUAAAAAUUAAAGGAAGGAAGCAAAACACAUUCCUAGUUGAAUUAGCAAACUCCUGCCCUGACGAUAUUGGGACUCUUCUCAUAAAAACUGAUUAUGCAAGUUUUAAAAAAUCAACCAGUCGUACUCGGCAGGAAAGCAGUACUGCGAGUCAGGUGGACCUGUGUUACAAAUAUAAGACUGUUAAAGUUGGUGAUAAGUUACAAGUCCAAGUGCUGGGUGGCAAAUCACUAGAAGCAUUUUACGCUUGUCAAAAAGAUGAUUACGAGACAUAUAUGGAAGAACGAAAUAAACUAACAUUUACUAGUAAGGCCAAAAAAGUUAAGGUGAAUCCGAAAGAGAUAACAGUAGGGCUACCUGUGGCUGUGUUAACUGAUGAUCAACGUUAUUAUGAACGUGGCAUUAUAAAAAGCCUGACAGAAAUGCCACAGGAGUAUGUGGUGCAGUAUGUAGACUGCGGUAAAGAAGCAACUGUGCAAUUGCACAGACUCAAGCCAAUGCAACCAUAUUAUUUCAAGACACCAGUGGCAGUUAUCUUUUGUGCAUCUGACGAUAAACAGGCGUGGAAUACUGGCCUGAAUAAAUUUAUAUAUAAUGGAUAUGAGUUUUCAAUAACUGUAGUAAAAGUUGGAGAUAAUCACAGUAAGCCAAAUUUAGUUCAUAUUUCUCAUGUUUCCUCUGGGAAAACUAAGUAACUUGAUAUUAUAUGAUUCCUCUACUCAACUUUUUAAAUGUUGUACUUAAACAUAUUACUAUAAUCUUAGUGUAAGAUGUAAACUUAGGAUACUUUCAUAUAAUCUUAGGAUAAUUUCAUAUAAUCUUAGGAUAAUUUCAUAUAAUCUUAGUAUAAUAUUAUGUAUCUAUUUUAUAGUAAAUUGUCUGUUGUGGAUUUAAAUUAAUCUUUUUUCUUCAAAUUGCUUUUUCCCUCACAAACUUGUGAUGGCUAGCUCAUCCGUCAUAGUCGUGAACGGGUGCUGCUUGUAGGGACUAGUCUGCUCUAGUCACUACAACUGAUUUCCUCUUAUUUAAUUUUUUAACCAGUUGGUUGUAUAUUUAAUAUUUUGUCUAAUUGAGUAUUUAAUUGAAUUAGUGCUAAAUAGUAGUUUGUAUUCACACAAUUCAACCUAAAAUGUAAACUAACAAUAAAAUUAUUUAAAAAGCAACAUGCAAGUUUCUUGCUUGUUCUUCUUGUGAGGGGAAAGCUUUCCGAUUAAGCAGUAGAUUAAAAAAUAUUGUAGACUUCCAAAGUGUAUCAAUGUAAGUUUA